AUCAAAGGCCUGGAGUGGUUGGUGUCCCUCUACAACAACAACCUCAACGGGAUCUUGGCUGAUGAGAUGGGGCUGGGCAAGACCAUCCAGACCAUCGCGCUCAUCACGUACCUGAUGGAGCACAAACGCAUCAACGGGCCCUUCCUCAUCAUCGUGCCCCUCUCAACUUUGUCCAACUGGGCCUACGAGUUUGACAAGUGGGCUCCUUCCGUGGUGAAGGUCUCCUACAAGGGCUCCCCGGCCGCUCGACGCGCCUUCGUCCCGCAGCUCCGCAGCGGGAAGUUCAACGUCCUCCUCACCACCUAUGAGUACAUCAUCAAGGACAAGCACAUCCUGGCCAAGAUCCGUUGGAAGUACAUGAUCGUGGAUGAAGGCCACAGGAUGAAGAACCACCACUGCAAGCUCACCCAGGUCCUCAACACCCACUACGUGGCCCCAAGACGUCUCCUCCUCACAGGGACCCCUUUGCAGAACAAGCUUCCAGAGCUCUGGGCCCUCCUCAACUUCCUCCUCCCCACCAUCUUCAAGAGCUGCAGCACCUUUGAGCAGUGGUUCAACGCCCCCUUCGCCAUGACCGGCGAGAAGGUCCAGGACAAAACCUCCCUGGGAGG